UUCCAAAUUCUUUAUAUUUAUUGAGGUACAAUAUAAUUUUGCUGUUCAACGCAGGAAAGUCAUGCGGUAAUAAGGAAAGUGUUCUAUAAGAGAAAAAAAGAAGGAAUGUUCGCAUUGGUACAACUUUCAAUCGUUGCACCUUUCCCAUUUGUAAUUUGAUCGUGUUUUUUAACAAAUUUUUAAAUAUGAAGAUCGCCGUGAUCGGUGCUGGAUCCGCUGGUCUUGCUGCUCUACGACAUUGUACUUCUGAUUCAUAUGAUACUCAAGUAAUAUGUUACGAAAAAACAGAUCAAGUAGGCGGUACAUGGGUUUACAGGGAAGAAACAGGUUUAGAUCGAUAUGGUUUACCAAUACACACUAGUAUGUACAAAAAUUUAAGAACAAAUCUUCCAAAAGAAGUGAUGGGAUAUCCUGAUUAUCCUGUUCCGGAUAAUCCUGACAGUUACUUGACUCGAACGCAAAUACUUGAAUUCUUAAAUUCAUAUUGUGACCAUUUUAAUCUCCGUCAGUAUAUCCAGUUUCUUCAUAAUGUUGAACUAGUGGAACCAUCAAUCGGAGAUCGAAAAUGGAUGAUCAAAGUAAAAGAUUUAAAAAGGAAUAUCAUUUUAGAAGAAUCAUUUGAUGCAGUUAUGAUAUGCAAUGGUCAUUACUUCGAACCUAACAUACCAAAUUUGAAAGGUCAAAAAAUUUUUCAAGGGGAACAAUUACAUAGUCACGAUUAUAGGGUGCCAGAUAUUUUUACCGAUAAAACUAUAGUUGUACUUGGUGCCGGACCUUCGGGAAUGGAUUUAGCUUUGGAAAUAUCGAAGAAAGCGAAACGAAUAAUUUUGAGUCAUCAUUUGAAGGAUCCCAUAGGCACUGUAUUUCCUGACAAUGUUAUUCAAAAACCAGAUGUAAAAGAAUUGACUAAGCACGGUGUUCUUUUUAAAGAUGAUACUAAUGAAUCUGUUGAUGCGAUAUUUUAUUGUACAGGAUAUAAAUAUAGCUUCCCCUUUCUGAGUGAAAAAUGUGGAGUACGGGUAGAUUCUAAUAUGGUGACACCAUUAUGGAAGCAUUUGAUAUCGAUUGAAAAUCCCACCCUUGCAUUGAUUGGUCUUCCCUUUUAUGUUUGUGCCUUCAGCAUGUUCGAUUUGCAGGUCCGUUUUGUUCUACGAUAUUGGUCAGGAAAAAAGGACUUUCCUCCUAAAACAGAUAUGCUGAAAGACGAAACACAAGAAUUAGAAAGUCGCAAAAAAGAGGGUCUGCAAAAAAGACAUUUUCAUAUGAUGGGAUUUAAGCAAGAUUGCUAUUAUGAUGAUCUUGCAAAUACUGCUGGAAUAACGCCAUUACCUCCAGUUCUUACAAAAUUGCAUAACGAAAGCAGUUUGCUUUUCUUGGAUGAUUUGGUACACUAUCGGGAAAAGAGAUAUAAGAUCAUCGAUGAUUACAAUUUUAUUCAACUUUGAAAUGGUAUCUUUUUCGGAAUAUAAAAUAUACAUUCGCUAACUUGAUAUAAUUAUUAUGAAAAUAUUAUUUUGUAUUUAAUCGACUCAAUUAUAAAUAUUAUGUAAGAUAGACUGAAAAUUGCUAUCUUUACUUAUUUUAUAAUAUUAAUUAUUUUAUAAUGAUAGGAUGAUAAAUAAAUUGUAAAUUUUUUCGU